GAAGUGAUAUACGCGGCGGUUAAGCCUAUCAUUCGGAUGUACAUGAUCAUCCUGACGGGCUUUGUGAUGACAAAGCUUGGGUUUGUGAGCGUGUCUACGACCAGAGCAAUCAGCGAUCUCGUGUUACUGCUGUUCAUGCCGUCUCUUAUCUUUGACAAAAUCGUGUCCUACAUCUCGAUAUCGGAUAUCAAGACCAUUGGCGUGAUCUGCUUGUCAGCAUUCAUGAUGUACUGCUGCAACGCCGGUGUCACGGCGGCGAUCGUGACGCUGACUCCCGUGCCGAAGAAAAAAAAUGAAUCCUGGAUAGGAGGUGCAAUGUUGGCAGGAAUAAUGCAGAACGUCUCCGACCUUCCGAUCUCGUAUCUGCAGGCCAUGACAACCUUCUCUGACGAUGAGAUCAACAAGGGCACCGCCUACGUGAUCAUCUGGCUCACCAUGUAUAUAGUUGUGCAGUUCAACUGCGGAAUGUUCCAACUGGUGGAAUUGGAUUUCCGACGGAAACGAGACGCGGAAGAAAAAUCACAAAGCCGCGAGUUGCCUGCAAUUCGCCAAGAUAACGCCGCCCAACGUGAUACAGACGCAGACGACGACCCCACGUCACCCAAGUCGUCGCUGUCUGGGUCGAGUCUGUCCAGUAUCGACUCUGCUCCCGUGAGCGAGAAUUUAAAUCCGCAUGCACUACUUUCCAACACUAACUCGCACAUCUCGCACAUCUCGCACAGCACUCGGUACCCUGUCUCGCGCAUCCCUUCAGCACGGCCGCACCACGACUAUGCUUUGAGCCAGUGCAACUCGCACGCGUCAUCCGCCCGCUCUGCCGCGUCGUCGCACCGUUCCAGCGUGCUCACUCAGCCGCACGUCCAGGAACUCAUUAGAGAAUAUUCGCGCCACGAACCCUACAAUAGAGACAUCCCAACCAACAUGAACAUCAUCACAGAGACCAAUCUAAGCUCCAAGGACAUUGAAAACUCGGCAAAGGCCCCCUGGGUCAGACGAUACAAGCUGCACUAUUUGAUUUUUUUUGUCAAGAACUUGAAAAAGCCAAACUCCAUUGUGCUCAUUAUCUCGCUCAUCAUUGCAUUAAUCCCAUGGCUGAAGGCUCUCUUUGUGCAGACCACAGUGUACAUGCCCAACGCACCGGACCACCAACCACCAUUGUCCUUUAUUCUCCAGUAUGCGCAGUACUGUGCUAUGCCUUGCGUCCCGUUGGGGAUUUUUUUAAUCGGAUCGCUUUUGGGCCGGCUGCAAAUUAACGACAUCCCCAAGGGUUUCUGGAAAUGUGUGGUUUGCCAUACAGUCUACCGCCUUUGCGUCUUACCAAUCAUCGGCAUUUUAUGGGUCGAUCGCAUGAAAAAGGCCAAUUGGCUCACAGACCCCAUGGCCAUGUUUGUCACGUGCAUGGAGUUUUCGCUCCCGUCUGCUACCAUCCAGGUGUACCUGACGGCCAGCAACAUGGACCCAGAGGAUGAGAACCCGCUGCAGAUCAACUGUCUUUCGCUGUAUCUGAUUGUUCAAUAUACCUCGCUGGUGGUGACGAUGCCGAUAGUUGUCUGCUACACUUUGAAAAACGUGGUGCACAUAUAAU